GAGACCAGCACAGCCCCGGUCAGACCAACGCCAGCACUGCACGUGAUCAAUAGCAAUAACCUACUCUGUACUGAGACCACAGCUAUAUAUAUUCGCCCUCGACUUGUAUGUUUUAAUCCUGAAGAAACAUUUGCUCAGACCAGCAAUAUUUCCCAAGGUCUGCAGCCACACAUAUUCUUUGAGGAGGCUGCACGCGCCCUUGACGACUGAGGAAAACGAGCAUUAGUAAACUAAUUAGAGAGCAACAUGUGACAGUCAGAAAAGGACUGAUCGCAAAGAUGUUUCUGAUGACAUUGAGAAGAGGGUGUCCAUAGUAACCGCUACCUGCUGCAAAAGGGGCAAACAAACGAUCGCCUUUGCUCCGGUGCCAAGCUCAAAAGAUGACUGGAAUGCAAACCGUUUGUUCUGCAUGAGGACCUGGAAAACUGCACGACAUUCGAUUUUAUUGGAGCCUGGCUAAUAUGUAUCGACGAAUGUACCCACUCACGGCCUGUGUAAGAAGAAUCGCGAAGGGUUUAGCGAGCUACGUGGUAGCAGGAGGUUAUGUCAGCGCUUGAAACGGCGCAUGGGGGUUUAGGAACGAUUUAACUUCAGAACACCUACCUCGUGUGCUCUUUUCCUAUGCAUAGCCUAAUAAGAAAUGCUCAAUUAAACCAGCUACAAUACAGACAGUCUUGCAAAUAUCGGAUAUCGUAAAUAGCCUAUUGACUUUGAAAUGUAAUUUAACAGCCUACCGACGUUGGAUAAUUGUAUGCCUACAAUGCAUGUCCAUCUCUGCUGGGCACAAACCUUGAAUGUAAUGUAGGCCUAGUAGACAAACAUUUACCAAAAUGCUACCAGGUUCUAUUCAAAUAACGGGAGAGGCACUGUCGGGAGCUGAGAUCAAGGAUAUUUGUGAAAGCCUGAAAGAGAACAGUGUGAGGCUUUUGUCUAUCAGGGGAUGUCAGCUUUCAGACCGAGACUUCGGACGGGUGUGUCGCGGAGUGACGGAGUCCCACUCACUGGCGCAACUCAACCUGAACCUCGGUGUGGUCUCCACCAUCAACCGAACCAAGCAUCUUGCCGAUGCACUCAAGACCAACAGAUCGAUCCAGACCCUUUUUCUCCACGGAAGCCCCCUCCUGGAUGCAGGAUUGGUCACACUUAACACUGCUCUUUCCACUCACCCUUUACUGGUCUCUCUGGACCUGGGGGACUGUAUGCUGGGGGACGAGGCACUGCGGCUAAUCUGUGGCAUGCUGCCUCCGGACGGGGCCAAAUCAGGUCUUAGGGAGCUGACUCUGAGUGCAAACCCCAGCAUCACCACAAAGGGCUGGGCCCGCUUGGCCAUCGCUGUGGCCCACAGCUCCCAGCUCCGAGUCCUCAACCUGGACUACAACCCCCUGGGGGACCAGAUUGCUGGUAUGCUAGCCGUGGCUGUGGCGUCCAGCAGAACUCUGGAGGUGUUAGAUCUGGAGGGAACAGGCCUCUCAAACCAGUCAGCACAGGUAUUCCUGGACGUGGUGGAGAACUACCCCACCUGUCUGCGCAUGCUGGUCCUGGCUGAGAACGCCAUCAACCCCGAGCUGCAGCAACAGAUCUCAGACCUGCUCUCUGAGGGAGAGGAGGACGACGACAAAGAGAGCGAGGCCCGAUGCAGCGCUAGCAUCCCCACCAGGGAGAAAACCACCUGGGUCCCCCACAGUAACUCCCACCCCCAGAGGGUCCUGCUGACGUCAGGUCUAGGUGAGAGCCUACUAGCAGAGACUGAGAUGUGAUUCCACAGCCUUCCUACCUUUUUUUUUUAAUACCUCUUUUCCAUUUGCUAGUCUGCACAUAAUUGUGUUAAAGAUCACCUAGUAGCCUGCAACCAAUUACACUUUUUGCAUGACCUGUAGCACUUUUACAUAACACAAUACAUUUUGGAGCAGGCACAAAAUCCUUAAAACCCACACCAAGUGACUUAUAGGCAAUAGUGAAUUAUUUAUUUUAAACAUGCACAGUCUAUUUAUAGUUCCGAUUUUGAAGGUUAUGUAACCAAUACAAGUCUGUAUGCUCUGAUAUGAUAGAUCAACUAUAUAUGAUUGUUGUGAUGGUCUGAUGUCAGAAUAAAUCUGUUUACAUCUUCUUAAAGACGUUU